UAGCCCCAAAUUAAGCACACAACUCAACUCAAGAAACUGGAAAUGAAAAUGGAGAUAAUAAGUUGGGUUUGGACGAUUGGUGCCACAUUGUUGGCAUGGUACUUUGUGUUAAACACAUUGGGGAGAAGGAUCAAUGAAUGGUAUUAUGAUUUCAAGUUAGGAGACAAGCACCGUCUUCUUCCUCCUGGUGAGAUGGGUUGGCCUCUUCUCGGCAAUACUUGGCACUAUUUCAAGCACCCUCAUUUAUUCAUGGACAACCUUCUCUCCAAGUAUGGAGGAAUUGGUAUGUAUAAAACACACUUGUUCAUGAAGCCAAGUAUUCUUGUGUGCACUCUAGAGGACUCAAGAAGAGUAUUAAGUGAUGACAAAAAUUUUAGGCUUGCUUAUCCUGAAACCGCAAUAACAGUGGUUAAAACGAUCUUAUAUGAAGUGUCAAAUGAGGAUCACAAGCGUUUUCGACGCCUAGUCACUGCUCCCAUCAUGGGUUACAAUGCUUUGGCCAUGUUUCUUGAGCGCAUAGAGGACAUUGUCGUCAAUUCACUCCAAGGAAUGGCUGAUAAUAGCAUGCAACAGCCUAUUGAGGUCUUCAAGGAGACCAAGUCUAUCUCCAUUGGAGUCAUUCUUCACAUCUUCAUGGGAUCUUACAAUGAAAAGAUAAUCAAUCAAGUUGAACAUUUGUUUGGUCAUAUUAAUGAUGCCUUGUUCUCUUGGCCAAUUUACUUACCUGGUUUUUCUUAUUACAAUGCACUCCAGAAUCGUAAGAAGGUGCAAAAGAUAGUUAAAUCCGUUGUGGAGGAUAGGAAGAUGAUGCUAAAAAAUGGUGAAAUGCUAUCGGAAAAGAAAGAUCUUGUGGAUGUUCUUCUGGAACUAGAGGAUGUGAAUGGUCGAAAAUUGAAGGGUGAAGACAUUGUUGACUUGUUAAUAUUAUUCUUAAUAGCUGGUCAUCUAAGUACAGCUACGGUUAUGAUGUGGGCAAUGAUUUAUCUUUCUAACAACCCACUCGCCUUCAAAAAAGCUAAGGAGGAACAGGAAGAAAUCAUUAAGUCAAGGCCACCUUCGCAACAGUAUUUAAGUAUUGAGGAAAUUAAGCAAAUGGUUUAUCUUACUAAGGUAAUUAACGAAGUAUUGCGUGUGAGCGAUUUCGCCAUUCCACUUUCUCGAGAGGCAACUACUGAUGUCAAUAUCAAUGGAUAUAUCAUACCAAAAGGAUGGAGAGCAGUGGUUUGGCAAAAAGCGUGUCAUAUGUCUUCUGAAUAUUUUAAAAAUCCAGAAGAGUUUGAUCCUUCUAGAUGGGAUGAUAAAAAUAAUACAAAUGGAGGAGCCUUCUUUCCUUUUGGAGUUGGAACAAGGAUGUGUCCAGGAAGAGAUCUCACCAAAAUUGAAAUGCUCAUCUUUCUGCACCAUUUCGUUCGUAAUUAUAAGUUUGAGCAGAUAAAUCCAGAAAGCCCUGUCUCUUACUUCCCAUUACCUGUGCCUAAAGAUAAUUGUCUUGCCAAGGUCACAAAGGUCUCAACGGAAUAGCCAAGUGCUUGAUGAGCAAAAUCAAGUUCAACUAUCUAGGUGCUCUAUAUAUGUUAUUAUUAGUCUUGCAUGCAAUAAUAAUAAUGUAAUCUUUGAGACAUUAGUUAUUAUAUAUGUUUAUGUAUAAUCUAAGUGAUCUAAUAAACAAGCCCACUUAACUUUAUUCUGCUUGAAUGCAGCAAUAAAGAGACAAUUUUUCUUAUUUUCUAUUGA